CUCUAUCUCACUGCUUUUCACGCAAAACGCACGUUUCUCUCUCUCUCUCUAGUCUCUACACAGUACUCUCUCUCUCUCACGCACACAGAGUCUCCUGUUUUUCUUGCUUGGCCUCGAAAGCAGCCUGUGUCGUUGUCUCUAUCUUCGAAAACCCUUUUCUUUAGGGGAUCAUAUUCGAACAUUGAUAGGCUUGUAUAUAGUAAUGUCUUUUGUGUCUGUGUUUGUGUUUGUGUUUGUGCGUGUGUGUACUCAUGUAGGAUUCUCGUAAUUCCGACUUCGUUUUGGACUCCGAACCCUUCAUCUUCUACGCCUCAAUUUCUAGGGUUUUCGGGCCUCUGAAUUAUACACUUGUUAUCAAUGUGGUACUCGUAUAUAACUCUGCAUUGUGGGUUUUGUCUUGCAUGUCGUUUUUCCUGAUAUGGGUCAUGCCCAUUUCGGCUUUUCGCAGCCCGCUCAACCCGAUUUUCUCAUCUGUGUUUGAGAGAUUUUGUGGGUUUUCAAAUCGAGUGUUGGUAACUCUCUUUGGUGGUUGAUGAAUUCAAAGCUUUUAAUUAUUUAUUUGUAGAGUUAUACAUAUACAUAUAUAUAUAUAUAUAUAUAUAUACAAAUUCCUUUGGGUAGUUCUUAAUUUUUCUUUUUUCAGUGGGUUUUGAUGUGUUCUGAAUCUUGAGAUUAGGGUAAAUUUAUUAAGAGACACUAGAUGGAUUGAGGUACUUUGAAGUGGUGUAUGAGAAUUUAAAUUUGUUUUCUUUUCCAUCUAAAUAAAAUCUUUCUUUUGUUGCUGAUAAAAAAAUAUAAAAAAAAUAUUAUAAAAAGAGAAUUUAAAUUUUGGGGUUGAGAGGAAAAUGGGGUUAAGUCCUGAAUCUGCUGAUGCUGUUAAGGUGGGGAAUUGGGUUGUGGAUAAAUCAAAGGAGAGGGAAGAUGAAGAUGCUGCGCAGAUGGGUUGUUGGUUCAAAUUCAGAUUUUUAGAGAGGUGUAUGCCCGCAAGGUCCAAAGUAGAGAGCUCUAUAAGUUGUACAAGCACACAAGAUGCGGAGAGUAAAUCUACAAAUGAGACAAGCAUAGACCAACCAGUUGCCCCAGCUGUAUCAUCCUCAACCACAAGCAAUGCAGAAAGCACUCCCAACAUAGACGAACUGAACAUUUCUUCUCAGCUUCGAAAGUUCUCUUACAAUGAGCUUAAGUCUGCAACGAGGAAUUUUAGACCCGAGAGUCUCCUUGGGGAGGGAGGAUUUGGUUGUGUUUACAAAGGUUGGAUCAAUGAGAGUGGAACAACACCAGUGAGACCUGGAACAGGGCUUACGGUUGCAGUAAAAACCCUCAAUCAUGAUGGACUUCAGGGUCAUAAGGAGUGGCUUGCUGAAGUAAAUGUUCUUGGUGACCUUCUUCACCCUAAUUUGGUUAAAUUAAUUGGGUGUUGCAUUGAGGAUGAUCAAAGGCUGCUUGUAUAUGAGUUUAUGCCUCGGGGAAGUUUGGAAAAUCACCUGUUCAAAAGGUCUUUGCCUCUUCCUUGGUCCAUCAGAAUGAAAAUUGCACUUGGUGCUGCAAAGGGUCUUGCCUUUCUUCAUGAGGAAGCUGAAAGGCCAGUUAUAUAUCGAGAUUUUAAAACCUCUAACAUCCUUUUAGAUGUGGACUACAAUGCGAAGCUUUCUGAUUUUGGACUUGCGAAAGACGGCCCAGAAGGAGAUAAGACCCAUGUGUCUACUCGAGUAAUGGGAACAUAUGGCUAUGCUGCCCCAGAGUAUGUCAUGACAGGACAUCUGACAUCAAAGAGUGAUGUCUACGGCUUUGGGGUUGUUUUACUUGAAAUGUUGACUGGCCGACGAUCCAUGGACAAAAGCCGACCAAAUGGGGAGCAUAACUUAGUAGAAUGGGCACGACCAUAUCUUGGAGAUAGGAGAAAGUUCUAUCAACUAAUAGAUCCUCGCCUUGAAGGUCACUUCUCAGUAAAGGGUGCUCAUAAAGCAGCUCAGUUGGCUUCUCGUUGCCUUACCCGUGAUCCAAAAGCCAGACCUCUGAUGAGUGAAGUUAUUGAACAACUGAAGCCUUUACCCGACCUCAAGGACAUGGCCUGUUCCUCAUCCUACUUCCAGGCUAUGCAGGCUGAACGGGCUGGGAUUAUUAACCCAUAUACUAGAAAUGUCACUAAACAGCAGACAAGAGCAUUACCAAAGAAUGGGCAACCAGCACGGAGCCCCUCCCUACCAAACGGCCAAUAUGCUUCUCCAUAUCACCAUAAUUAUCCUCAUCGCUCACCAAAACCUAUUAUCAGACAACCAGAACAUUGAGUUCAUGUGCAUUAUUUUUCCCCAUCUCCCUUCCUUUUUCACAUGUCAUGAAUGGAAUCAAUUUGAGCAGCGGAUAAUUGCAGAAUUGGGUCUUGAAGUUAAUACUGGUUCGUUUUCCAUAGAGGUUAAGAUGUUGGUGGGUUUUGCCUUUGGGUGCAGUAUGAUCCAUGGGUGGGUUAAAAAGUUCUGAGAGGAUCAUGAAGCCACUCGUGUGUGGCUUUAUAGAUUGUUUUGAACUUAAACAGACUCAAACUUCAGAUGUUCCUGCUUUGUGCCUUUGUUUAAUUUUAAUUUUAAUUUUUAUUCUAUAGAAGAGAACUCCUAAAUGAAGGCUGUUUACUA